AUGGCCAGUGGCAAGACCCCCCGGCCCAUGAGGUCCUCCAGAAGGGCGGAUGGAUUCCAGAGCAGAGUGGUAGCAUCUCGUAAUCCCAAGCUGUUCUCAGCCGUUGAGCGGGACCAGAGGUCGUUCCAGCCUUUCCCAUCCGAGGUGGUGUUUGAGAACUACAUUCCCCACCAGUUCUACAUAGCGUCGCUAGCUCUGAGGAACAAAGACAGGGUUCCUCGUCUGCUGAACGUCAUCCUGGGGAACUCUCCUUACUUUGAGUUGAUCAGCCCGAGUGAUGAGGACUAUAAGGUAGCCCCGGGCACGUCUUCAACCUACCGCAUCCUUUUCCGACCUGAUGAGAACAAGGAUUAUUUUGAGGAGCUUAUCAUCAUCACAGAGAGGGAGAAGUUCUUUGUGCCUAUCCGAGCCAUAGGUGCCCGAGCCAGCCUGGACUUCCCUGAGCAGCUGAACUUCUCCGAGUGUCCAGUCAGGUUCAGCACCCAGAAGACUCUGCUGGUGCGCAACGUGGGGAAGCGGGAGGCUUGCUACAGCAUCACCACUCUGAGCCCUUUCUCUGUGGAUCCCUCCAUUGGGACUCUUGGCGUUGGAGAAGCGAUGCAAGUCACGGUGGAAUUUCACCCACCAAAGACCGGUGUUUAUACAAGUCCCAUGAUUGUUCACUAUGACACAGGUGAAGAUGUUCACAAAAGCCUCUGUGGAACAGCUGUAAAUGCUGACAUCAGGCUUGACAAGAGCUCCUUGACAGUUGAGAAGACUUCCCUCACGCUGUCAAAGCAAAGUUCCCUGGUCAUCCACAACCAGAGUGGCAUCACGGCCCACUUCCAGUGGAAGCGUUUUGUUGAUGAGGAAGAGGAGGAGCGGCAGAAGCUGAGGCUGCAGAGGCAGGAAGAGGACAAGCUGGUUGAUGUUCCUAAGGAGCACGGGGUGGUCCCCCCU